CUUCAAUCAGAUUCAGAGAUCAUCAACCGAAGACAAAGCAGGAGAUUAUAAAGUCAUCUCAUUUUGUAUGUUAAAAAACUCGGUCCCUCCGACUCGAGCUCAUCGACAUAUUACCCGACCACUUCUUACAGCUGCCGACGAGUUUUCGAGAUCAAGUGGGCGUACAUACCAUACUUAUUGAUCUGAAUGGUGAACAGGUCAUAUCUGCCUCAGGCGGCCAACGAGUCGUCGGGUGACUAUAUAUAGUUCCUCUUAACCAUGGCCACCAAUCAUGCAUGGACUCCUCGACGAUCACUGUGCCACCCCGGUCUGCUCUUUCGCCGGGCACGACGCUCCCUUUGGGGCGUUCUGUGUCAAACGUAUUGCCUCGGCCGGCUUGAGCGAUGGUCUUGAAGACAAUAUGCACCUAUCCUCGACAUGGAACGGGCCGAGGACCAUAUAUCGCUAACACGACUCAAGAAAUCGUCCGCGCUUAUCGUCGGCGGAAUGGAGUUGACUUGAGCCAGUUCGAUGGAAGCGCCCGAAUGGGCCCGACCUUCGGCGCCAUGUUACUCUGCAAGCUUUCGUUUAUUCACCUCUACAUACUUCAGAGUGUAAUGGAUCUCUCUUCUUCUUAAAUAUGUAUCCAGCUGGUUGAAAGAGAGCUGCCGAAGUU